CUAAACACACUACUACCAAACUUUGAAUACGGAUUACAAAACCACAGUAACACUAGUAGUAAGAUACAAGUUUUCAACCUUAAUUUUUAAAUAUGAAUAAUGUUAUUGAAAUUGUGAUUAAAUAUUGAUUACAAUAAGACAAAAAGGGUAUAACUAACAUAAAUAAAUACCCUGACACGACCAACCAGUCUCUUCCGUCACCUUCCUUCAACCAUCGUCUUAACUCCACAACUCUCUCCUCUUCCCUUCACUCUCCGUUCAAUUAACUUCUCAGAGUAAAGAACCAAAAAAAAAAACAGAAAUGAUCAUUCUCUCUCUUCUCCUCCACCUUCUCAUCAACUCCUCUCCCUCCCUCUCUCUCUCCCCCGACGGCCUCGCCUUACUCUCCCUCAAAUCCGCCGUCGACCAGUCCUCCUCCUCCUCCUCCGCUUUCUCCGACUGGAACGACAACGACUCCGAUCCUUGCCGCUGGACCGGAAUCUCCUGUACCAACAUAUCCUCCUCCUCCGGCCUGCGCGUCGUCGGAAUCUCCCUCGCCGGAAAACACCUCCGCGGCUACAUCCCCUCGGAGCUCGGGUCCUUAAUCUACCUCCGCCGUCUCAACCUCCACGACAACGAGCUCUCCGGCUCGAUCCCGACUCAGCUCUUCAACGCCACCGCGCUUCACAGUCUCUUCCUAUACGGAAACAACCUCUCCGGCGCUCUGCCGCCGUCGAUCUGCACCCUCCCGAGGCUGCAGAACCUCGAUUUGUCUCGAAAUUCCCUCUCCGGGACGCUCUCUCCCGAUCUCGGUGACUGUAAACAGCUCCAGAGACUGAUCCUCGCCGCGAACAAAUUCUCCGGCGAAAUUCCGGGAGAAAUCUGGCCGGAGCUGAAGAAUCUCGCGCAGCUCGAUCUCUCUUCGAACCAGUUCACCGGUUCGAUCCCUAAAGAGCUCGGAGAACUCAAAUCGAUUUCCGGUACAGUUAAUCUCUCGUUUAACCACUUAACCGGAGAGAUUCCUAAUUCACUAGGGAACCUACCGGUCACCGUCUCUCUCGAUCUCAGGAACAAUAACUUAACCGGGGAAAUCCCUCAAACCGGGUCCUUCUCAAACCAAGGACCAACCGCUUUCCUCAACAACCCGAAACUCUGCGGGUUCCCUCUACAAAAGUCAUGUAAGAACGGUGAGAAAACCUCGCCGGAGAGUAAAAAGUCGCCGGAGAAUAAUGUGGAUUCAAGAAAAGGGCUAAGCACGGGACUGAUAGUGUUGAUCUCUGUAGCUGAUGCUGCGAGUGUAGCCCUAAUAGGGCUGGUGAUAGUUUACUUGUACUGGAAGAAAAAAGACUCUGAAGGAGGAUGCAGCUGCACAGGUAACGAGAAACUCGGCGGCGGUACGGAGAAAGGCAAAACUUGCUGCUGCGUCGGUGGGUUUCCGAAGGAAGAGGAUUCAGAAGCGGAGGAUAACGAGAGGGGCGGAGAGGGUAGAGGAGAAGGGGAGCUUGUGGCGAUCGAUAAAGGGUUCUCAUUUGAGCUAGACGAGCUUCUGAGAGCUUCUGCGUAUGUUCUUGGGAAGAGUGGGUUGGGGAUAGUGUACAAAGUGGUGCUCGGGAACGGAGCUCCGGUGGCGGUACGGCGGCUUGGAGAAGGAGGGGAACAGAGGUAUAAGGAGUUUGUGACGGAGGUUCAAGCGAUGGGGAAGGUGAAGCAUCCUAAUGUGGUGAAGCUGAGAGCUUAUUAUUGGGCUCCUGAUGAGAAGCUAUUGAUCAGUGACUUCGUCAAUAACGGCAGUUUAGCUGAUGCACUUAGAGGGAGGAAUGGUCAACCAUCACCUAGCCUAACAUGGUCAACGCGACUAAAGAUCGCAAAAGGAGCGGCACGUGGGCUAGCUUAUCUACACGAAUGCAGCCCAAGAAAGUUGAUACACGGCGACGUCAAGCCUUCCAACAUCCUUCUCGACUCUUCCUUCACUCCUUACAUCUCCGACUUCGGCCUCACGCGUCUCAUCACCAUCACCGCGCCUUCCGGCGAACCAUCCUCCUCCUCUGGGGCCGGCGGUUUCUUAGGCGGAGCUCUCCCUUACACUUCUAUCAAACCGUCGGAUAGAUCCAACGGCUACAAAGCUCCCGAGGCUCGUCUCCCUGGAAGCAAGCCUGCUCAGAAAUGGGACGUGUACUCGUUCGGUGUUGUCCUUAUGGAGCUUCUUACGGGGAAGUCGCCGGAUUCGUCGCCGCUGAGCUCGUCCUCGUCGUCCACGGGGGUUGCUGAGGUGACGGAUUUGGUGAAGUGGGUGAGGAAAGGGUUUGAAGAGGAGACUCCAUUGUCGGAUAUGGUUGAUCCAAUGUUGCUUCAAGAAGUUCACGCUAAGCAACAGGUCUUGUCCGUAUUCCAUCUUGCUCUUGCGUGUACUGAAAGUGACCCUGAAGUUCGUCCACGUAUGAAGAACGUCUCCGAGAACAUCGACAGAAUAUGAUUCAGUUAUUAUACCAUAUUCAUUUUUUGUUGUUUGGGUCCAUUUUUUUGUUUUAUAAUAGUAGUUCUUAAUUACACGAGAUCCUGUAACUCACUCCAGAGUCUAGGGACCAGUCUUCAAUCUGUGUUUAUUGUCUCUUUUUGUUGAAUAAUUAUUAAUUGAAAUGAAAAUUCAAUCAAAUGGUUUAUAGUUA